AUGUCGGCUUUAAAGAAACGUAGCAACUCGUUAGCCGGACUAACUCUAGACGCUGUUCUUGGUGGCGAGAUCGUUAUCCCACCACCAUCGCCACCGCCUUUACCGCAAAAAUCUCUUGUACCGCACCAAACACCAACACCAACAACAACACAAACGCUUUUCGACAUCAUACGCGACGAAUACCACAAGGAAGGGCAAAAAGAUCGGACCACGUGGCAGAUAUUCCGUGAGAAACUCCGUCUCAAACGAAGCGGUUCCGCUUGGACCUCGUCUCUUCACAUCCCCGCCUCGGAUAUCCAUAUCCCUAAUCCAAAACACCCCCGACAAAACAAUAAAGUCCACGCAACUCCAAUGUCGGAUCCACCUGGACGCGGGGCGUUCACGCGCGGACCUUCGAUACGUGUCGCGUCGGGUAAAAACCACGACGACUUCGCUGCUGACGUGAGCGCUCCUGGAGACGGACCGCCUUCAAGAAGCUUCAAACCGCAGUUCUCACGGCACGAUUCCGUUAGAGAACACGGUGACGGAGAUGACGACAAGAUACGUCGUCAUCCCGUCGUCAAGUUCGUUGACGAGAGGCAGAUGUCUGCCAGAGAAGCUGUCGCGGCUCAAGAAGCCGCGGAAGCAGAAGCUGCCGCGGCUUCAAGCGACGAUGAGGGGGAGGAAGAAGAAGACGACAGCGAGGAGGGAGGAGCAGAGGAGAAAGCAGAUGCUGCCCCGAAGCAGACGAUGUCGUUGAUGGAUCUUUUGGAAGAGACGGAUAGGCAAAUGGGGUUAACGGGAGCACGCUAUGCCAUGGAUGAUGAAGAAGAGGAGUACGAAGAAGACGAAGAAGAGGAAGAAGAAGAAGAUGGAGGAGGUGGAGGAGAAGGAGAGGUGAAUUGCUGCGUUUGUCAGGUGAAUUUCAAAGGCGCCACGUUUACGCCUUGUGGUCAUAUGUUUUGUAAGCUCUGUUCUAAAGAGCUUAUGGCUCAGAAAAAUCAUUGCCCUGUUUGCAGCAGCUUUGUUCUUGAGUUCCUUGAGAUCUUCUAG